GGAAAGAGUACUUGGCCUUGCUCUCUCUCUCUUUUAAAAUGGUAAACUGGUAAAGAUAGGAGACUCAAUUUCUAGUUCAUCAAAACAUAUUUGGCGUUAUUAUUUCUGUGGUCACUUGAAUAAUAAUGUCUCAGCUUCUCUUCCGUCUCUCAAAACUCUCUUCCCGGAAUAAUGAGCUUAUACACAAGAGCGUUCGCUUGUUUUCAACCAGCCCGUAUUUGACACUUGGCAGCGUUGUUGAAGACUUGCCUGAAGAAGACGGCAGCUACAUCGGAGAUAUCCUCUUGUUCGAUCCGGCCAAGGAAGAGUUAGUCACAGUCCGGGACAAAACAAUUCCCGAAAAGCUCGUUAACUCGAGAGUGGUCGGAGCUUCACAUGGAUGGACAUUUUUCUCUGACCGAUGCAAUCAUAAUUCUGUAUGUAUCAGCGACCUUUUUACUCCCAUGGCUUCCAAAUCAAACACAAAGAUAAUUCCUCUGCCUCUGCUUACUACUAUGAUCUAUGGCCAAACAGAAGCUGUCUGGAACGUGGCAAUGUCGUCAUCUUCUCCUCACCAAGACAAUGAAGAAGAAGACUGUGUCGUGGCUAUCAAUUUCUUGGGUAGCCAACUGAGUGUGUGCAGGCCCGGUCGUGACCACGGUUGGACUAACAAACAAAUCCCUUUCAUCUGCUCGGAAAACUCAAAUCUUAUGUACUCGAAGAGAGAUCAAAGGUUUUAUUUGCCUGCUCCUGGAGGCAAUUACUUGUGCUCUUGGGAUCUCCACUUCGAUAACGAUCCUAAGUUCAAUGAGUUGGUGUUUCUUAAUCUCCCUGAGUUGCCACAGUCCGAGUGGGAGCUGUUGAAUUCUUGUUUCAAGGAGGACCAUUGGGUGGAGUCACCUUCCGGCCAAAGUUUCUUAGUCAAAUGGUAACGUGCGAGUCUAACAUGUAGACAGAAAUCUUGGUCAAUGCUAAUUUGGGUCUUAUAUGCGUGUGCAGGUACUCUCACAUCCCUUCUCAACGAUACAAAGAUCCGAUAUUGAUGGUGCUUAGAGAGGAUGAAGAAACAGAAGAGGGAACAAGAAAUAUGUGUUACACCGAGGACAUUGGAGAUCUUUGUAUCUUCCUUUCAAAGAGUGAUCCUUUCUGUGUUGUGGCAAGCUCUUGCCCUGGUCUCAAACCCAACUCCAUCUACUUGAUGGGCCGUUGCUUUGCUGUUUAUGAUCUCACCACCCGAACCGCCCGUCACUUCAAAGCCCCCAAAGGUGGACCAGAAAGAGUUCCUUUCCUCCCUUAUUGGCUUCCUCCAUUUUCUAUCUAGUUCUUUGGUUGGUGUUAAUGUUAUAUGUGGUGUGUUUCGAUUUUAGUUUCUCUUUUAGUUUCUCUCAAGCGUUUUGGAUUGCUAUGAUCAUCUUUAUGUUCCCUUUUUGAGGUUAUUAAUUUAUAAGGCCAUGGUUCGUGGCACUUAUUCUUUUAGAAAUGUUGGCUAGCUC